AUAACUAGGAUAAACCUUUCACAGAGAGAGAGAGAGAGAGAGAGAGAGAUGGAAGAAGCUAAAGGGACAGUUUGUGUAACAGGGGGAACGGGAUAUAUAGCAUCAUGGCUGGUCAUGAGGCUUCUUCAGCAAGGUUUCUCCGUCCGAGCCACAGUAAGAUCCGACCCAAAGUGCAAGAGAGACAUCAGCUACCUCACAAACCUACCUCGGGCAUCAAAAAAGCUCCAAAUUUUCCAUGCUGAUCUGAACCAACCCGACAGUUUCGACUCGGCCAUCGCAGGUUGCGUUGGAGUCUUUCACCUUGCCCAUCCCAUGGACGAUGACGAUCAUGGCAAAGAGGGGGAGGAAACCGUGACCAAACGGGCCGUGGAAGGAAUGCUAGGGAUCUUAAAGGCGUGCCUGAAAUCAAAGACAGUGAAACGAGUUAUUUACACUUCUAGCGCCGCCACAAUAUUGUACAACGACAAGGGCCUAAGUGUAACAGAUGAAAAUACGUGGAGUGACCUUGAUAUUUGUAGAAAUAGCAAGCUUGUAAAUCCUUCUUACUUGGUUUCCAAGACUAUAACAGAGAAGAUAGCCCUAGAGUUUGCAGAAAAAAAUGGAUUGGAUCUUGUAACGUUGGUUCUUCCCUUAGUUGUCGGACCCUUCAUUUGUCCUGCUAUACCAUCCUCUGUGUCCAUUGCACUGGCCAUGAUCUUGGGUGAGGAAAACCGAUAUGAAUAUCUAAUUUACUCCUAUAUGGUGCACAUAGAGGAUUUGGCCAGUGCAUAUAUCUUCCUUCUUGAGUACCCUAAUGCUAAAGGGAGGUACAUCUGUUCAUCACAUGAAAUAACUAUUCAUCAAAUGCAUGAAUUUCUUUCUUCAAGAUACCCGGAAUUCCAAGUGCCAAAGAUUGACCAGUUCAAAGAGUUUAGAAGCUACAGGUGCUCAAGCCUGUCAUCGAUGAAGCUCUUGGAUAGUGGGUUCGAGUUUAAGUACAGUGUUGAUGAGAUGUUUGAUGGAGCUAUCCAAUGCUGCAAAGAAAAGGGGUUUCUUUAGUAAUUCUCACGUACGGUAAACUUUGAUAAUUAAUUAAUUACAGUUAAUUGACAAACCAUUGUUUUCAUUCACUUUCCGAUGUACAGUACUCAACAGUGUACUUCCAUGGGGUUUUGGGCAUGCAAACAAACAGUCAUGAAAGGGGAAAUUGUAAAUUGCUUAAGAAAUUGGAAAACGGUAGUCGUUUAGUACUGGAGACGGCUAAUCGACGUUCAGUAAAAUACCAUAUGUGGGGUAAUUGUUUGCCAUAUGUGUUUGUUUUUAUACGAUGAAUGUUCCUAGCAUAUAUAUAUAUGGUUUAUUUUUGUUUC